AUGGUUUCUAUUGCCAACGUUAAGUACCUGGAGCCGGUGACGCUGCGGCAGUGGUUUUCGCAGAAGUCUACUAACCAGGGUUCUCAAUUUCUUGUUGUGGAUGUGAGAGACUCCGACUAUAUUGGCGGCCACAUUCGGUCUGGGCUCCACGUCCCCAGUUCUCGGGUCGGUGCCAAUUGUAGCGCCAUUUUGCAGCAAAUGAAGGACACCAAGGCAGAUAGCGUUGUUUUCCACUGUGCAUUAUCCCAACAGCGUGGUCCAUCUGCUGCCAUGAGAUUCUUGCGGUUCUUAUCUGACCAGGACCCUGUCCCAGAUGUCAAUGUCUAUGUGCUUAGAGGUGGCUUUGUCAAUUGGCAACAGCUGUACGGCAACGACCAGGAGGUCACAGAAGGAUACGAUCCGACAAUCUGGUCGUGA